AUGGCGACACAACCGGCAGACAAGCUAUUGCAGCGACCUCUAUACAUAUUCGAUCUCCCCGAAGAGAUCCUCUACACCUUGCAGCUCAAGGUGCAGCCUACCGCAGCGCCAGAACCACCAUCACCGCGGCCCUCUACACCUUCGCUCAACGGCGAGGACAAACAAGAAAGCGCACCAUCUUCUGCGACAUCAUGCGGCCUCUGUGGCCUGAACUUCCCAAACCUACUCGAGCAAAGGAGCCAUGUCCGAUCAGAUCUCCAUGGCUACAACCUCAAGCAGAAGAUGCGCGGGAAGAAGGCUGUAGAUGAGGCGGAAUUUGAGAGACUAGUAGGGCAAUUGGAUGAGAGCAUUUCAGGUUCAGAUACAUCAGAAUCAGAAGAUGAUGAGGACGAUGAGCUGGGUGGGAAGUCCAAGCAGAAAGAUUCGACCUUGAGCGCUUUGUUGAAGAGACAGGCCAAAAUAACAGACGGAGACGCAGAUGAUGCGCCUACGAAGAAACGCAAACGAGGGGCUGGCAAACCUCCCGUGUUAUGGUUCUCGACCCCGAAGCUCCCAUCGAAUACUUCGUUGGGCGCAUACAGAGCAAUCUUCUCGCAAGCAGAGCAAGAUGAUGAGGAAAAACUUGUCGAGACCAUCAAACGGAAGCAACUAGCCCCAAAGCCACCACCGAAUCCUCUACAGCAGAAGAAGGCAGAACAGGAGGAAGAUGGAGGUGUGCCUCUACCAGCAUCAAUGAUUCAGAAAGAGACCAGCGCAUCCGGACCACACUACUUUUUGUGCAUGAUUGGUGGAGGACACUUCGCGGGAAUGCUGGUAUCGGUCACGCCAAAGUUGACCAAGAAGGCUGGCGUGGAGGACCGAACCGCCACUGUAAUCGCACACAAGACUUUCCAUCGCUACACGACUCGUCGAAAGCAGGGUGGUUCACAAUCCGCAAACGACAACUCCAAGGGCAAUGCACACUCGGCAGGAUCCAGUCUCAGACGAUACAAUGAAACCGCCUUGAUAGAAGAAGUCCGUGCUCUUCUGACAGAAUGGAAAGACUGGAUCGACAGUGCCGAGCUCCUCUUCAUCCGAGCGACAGGGAGCACGAAUCGCAGAACCCUCUUCGGCCCAUACGAAGGCCAGGUCCUCAACCACAAGGAUGACAGACUACGAGGCUUCCCAUUCAACACCCGCCGCGCCACACAAUCCGAGCUGAUGCGCGCCUUCGUCGAACUAACCAGAAUGAAAGUCAGCACCAUCGACGAAGCAACCCUAGCCAAACAAGCCGAAGAAGCCGCAUCGGCAAAAUCAGAAACCACCACCACCACCCCCAACGGCACCAAACCCACCACGCCCAACCCCCCCAAACCCUCCAAAGCCGACGAAGAAGCCACCCUCCACACCACCCAACUCCAAGCCCUCAUCCGCCGCUCCAAAGCCCCCGCCCUACUCGCCUACCUCCAAACCAACACCCUCGACCCCAACUUCCCCUUCUUCCCGCCCGAACAAAACCACCACGCCCCGACCCCCCUCCACCUCGCCGCGGCCUCCAACAGCCCCGCCUGCGUGACCGCCCUCCUCACCAAAGCCAGCGCGGACCCCUCCCUCCGCAACGCAGACGGCAAACCCCCCUUCGACAUCGCCGGCGACCGUCCCACGCGGGACGCCUUCCGCCUCGCGCGCUCCCAGCUGGGCGAAACCCGCUGGCCCUGGGACGCAGCCGGCGUUCCCGCGGCGCUCUCCCAAACCGAAGCAGACGCCCGGACCGCGCGCGAGAGAGACUCCAAAGCCGCGGAGGACGCGGCGGAGAAGCAGCGUCGCCAAGCGGAGACGGAGAGGUUGAGGCAGGAGGAUCGGGAGCGGGAGAGCGCGGCGCGGGAGAAGACGUUUGGGAAGGGGAGGGUUUUGGAGAGGCCGAGGUUGACGGCGGAGGAGAGGCGGGCGGAGGAGGCGAGGGGCAUGAGUGCGGAGAUGAGGGUGAGGUUGGAGAGGGAGAAGAGGGCGCGGGCGGCGGAGGAGAGGAUGGGGAGGUUGCAGGGGAGGUGA